AUGAGCGCCCCUGGGACAAGUCGACAAUCAGGUAUGUUAUUGUGCAUCAAUGUCAAUAUAGUCUUUAAUAUUUAGAGCGAUUGGCUACAUUGCAACCAGUAGCUUUUGCGGAUUCAAGGCUAAAACAGAACAUGUUAAGCAAGAGGCUAGCUAUAUUGGAUAAGGUAAAUGUUUGAUUAUGUUGUUAGCAAUUUUAGAUUCAUACUCAUAAUAAAUGUUACAGCUUUAAGUCAAUAUAAGUAUGACUUUAUGAAGGUUUGUUUAAGGAUAACAUGCAAGAUGACCCUCAUGCUAAUCUUUCUUGGCAUAAAGCUGUACCCAAGUUUGAUGACAAUUUCAAGGCUAACAAAGGCACCAAGAGAAAACACUUUUCAACUGCAGACAGACCUGUUUUAGAAGUUGGGAGUAAGUUAAAGUUUAUAUUUCAACUACAUAUUGUUUAUGGAAUUAGGCUGUUUGGUUGAAACUUAUUAGUGUGUUUCUUAUGUACGAUUUUUAAAACUAUUUUACCAUGUUAAUAACAAAUUGUAGCGAUAAGAGUUGCAUUGUUUUAGCUAAGAAAGGAAAGAAACUUCGAUCAGAGCUGAGUAAAACAAGGUUCCGCAAAGAUUUUGCACAGUUAAAAGAAGAAUACGAGGUAAGAAAAGAACGUUUUACUGUUGAUUUAGUCAAAAAAACGAGUAGAAUCCUCCCUCUUUGUCCGUAUAGUGAUUUCUGUACAAUUUCGACCAAUCUAAUUAGUACUUUACAUAUAGAAAGUCAAGAACCCGUUAGAUGAGCGACCGACAUACGACGAUGUUCUGGCGUCUCCAAGUAUCCUUCCAGCACGAAAAUUCUGUUCAGUAUGUGGUUUGUUCUCCAAAUAUUCGUGCUUCAAGUGUGGAUCCUACUUCUGCUCCAUGAUCUGCAAUGAUUCUCACUCGGAAACACGGUGUGCCAAAUGGAUGAAAUAA